AUGCAAAAUAACUGUAAAAAGUUGAAGGCAAAAGGGCAUACACGAAAACAAUGGGCAGUAGCCAUUUUAGCCAAUUCAACAGCCCUCACAUACGGCCUGCAAUGUGGUUGGGUAUCACCAAUGACAAAAAUAUUGCAAUCUGAAGAAUCUCCUGUGGGUAGACCUCUAACGGACUCUGAGAUAUCUCUAAUAGCUGGUAUCCCAUCGUUAGCAGCCAUUGUUGGCAUUCCUAUCUUAUUGUAUGUCGUAGAAACAUAUGGUAGAAAGAGGGCUGUUAUUACCAUGGCUCUUUUCCAGUUAAUCUGCUGGAUAAUAAAGCUUUGCCCGUCAAAACUAUAUAGCCUUCUAGUCUCCAGAAUAUUUUGCGGUCUUGGCGCUGGUGGUUGUUUCAAUAUCGUGCCCAUGUAUAUCAAGGAGAUCAGUCAAGACAACAUAAGAGGCACUUUAGGAUCAAUUUUUAUACUAUUUCAAAACGUCGGUAUCCUGACAAUGUAUGCAAUAGGUGGCUACCUUGGUUACUACACAGUGUUAUAUCUUGUCACGGCAAUAGGUGUGUGCAUUUUCGUGAUGUUGUUCCAAAUACCUGAGUCGCCAAGUUUUUUAGUAAAUGAAGGCAAAUUAAAGGAAUCUUUUGCAGCUAUUGCAUAUCUCAGAGGUUUACAAAUAGACGACAAAGAAGUACAGAAUGAAAUUGAUUCGAUAAAAAGAGAGGAUGACUAUUACAAAUCCAUACCUGACAUUACGUUCUUCGGCAUUUUCAAACAUCAAGCAUGGCGUCGUGGUUUUCUCAUCAUGUUCAUAUUAGUGGUUGCACACGGUGCCAACGGUGUAUUGUCUAUCAUUAGCUACGCUUCAACUGUUCUCAAAAGUUCCAAGAUGGAGAUCAGUCCAGAGCUGCAAAGUCUUGCCAUUCCUAUAUUUUUGACAGUCGGAAUAGUUAUCACUAUGACAAUAGUAGAUAGGUUGGGAAGAAAGGUGCUACUAGGGAUUGCAUUUGCUGUAUCAUCAUUGGCCUUUGCAACUCUUGCGACAAAUCAGUUGCUAAGCGAUUGUGGCUGGGCUACACCUAACUGGUUGCCGAUCGUAGUAAUUUUAUUAGCAGUGUGCGUUUAUGGCGGAGGAGUUUCUCCUCUGCCUUUUAUUAUAAUGACUGAAAUGUUUAACUUUCAAAUCCGAGCUAAGUUAAUAGGAGUUCUUGUUGCAUCAGCCUGGUUGAUGACCUUUGUCGAGUUAGUGUCCUUCACCGCAGUCUCAAAUGCAUUGGGCGUCGAAAUGUCUUUCUAUAUGUUCUGUGCAAUCAACCUCAUAGGAGCUAUUGUGGCGCUAUUUAUUCUACCAGAAACUGCUGGUAGGACUGUGGAACAGAUAGAAACAAAACUAAGGAAUGAUAAACAUGACCGAAAUAGUGAUAUAUGA